UCUGCUGAGUCCGCCCAGUGCCACACACACACACACACACAAAAACACACGCACACAAACACACACACUGCAUACACACACUUCCUCAAUGUGUUCCAGCUGCUGCCUCCACACAGACUCAUGAGGUGUGAGGAUCCAGUCGAAACUCAGAAUGUCAGGGAUGACGGCCAGCACGACAAACUACCUGUGGUCUCUGCAGGACGUCCUCGGUCAGGGGGCGACUGCCAGCGUCUUCAAAGCACGGAACAAGAGGUCCGGUGAGCUGGUAGCUGUCAAGGUGUUCAACUUGAUGAGCUACAACCGCCCUCAUGAGGUCCAGAUGAGGGAGUUUGAGAUGCUGAGGAAGCUCAACCACAGCACUAUUGUCAAGCUGUACGCUGUGGAAGAGCUGCCCUCUAAGCAGAAGGUGCUGGUGAUGGAGUAUUGCUCCGGAGGGAGUCUGCUCAGCCUGCUGGAGGAAGCUGAAAAUGCCUUUGGCCUGCCAGAAACCGAGUUCCUCACUGUGCUGCAGUGUGUAGUGCAGGGGAUGAACCACCUGCGUGAAAAUGGAGUGGUCCACCGGGACAUCAAGCCGGGCAACAUCAUGCGGCAGGUCGGGGAGGAUGGGAAGUCCGUUUACAAGCUGACAGACUUUGGAGCAGCAAGAGAGCUAGAGGAUGAUGAGAAGUUUAUGUCCAUCUAUGGGACUGAAGAGUAUCUGCAUCCAGACAUGUAUGAGCGCGCUGUGCUCCGCCAUCAUCAUCAGAAAUCCUAUGGAGUGAAUGUGGACUUGUGGAGUAUCGGUGUGACAUUUUACCACGCUGCCACUGGGAGUCUUCCCUUCACACCGUUUGAAGGACCCCGCAGGAACAAGCCCACCAUGUUCAAAAUAACGACAGAGAAACCAAUGGGUGCAAUAGCUGGUAUUCAGCGUGUGGAGGGAGGACCUAUAGAGUGGAGCUACCACCUACCUCACAGCUGCCAACUCUCCCAGGGACUGCAGGUGCAGCUAUCUCCGGUAUUAGCAGGUAUACUGGAGGCUGACCAGGAGAGCUGUUGGGGUUUUGACCAGUUCUUCACAGCCACCACAGACAUCUUGCAGCGGCAGCCGGUUCACCUCUUCUCUCUGCAGCAGGCCAUGGCUCAUACUAUCUACAUACACCACUACAAUACAGUGUCUGUCUUCUUUGAGGAGGUGGCAUCUCAGACUGGUAUGGGGGUUCAGCAGCAACACCUGCUGUACCUGGGGCAUGACCUCUCUCUGGAGGGCACCAUGAAGGUCGUCAACCUCCCGCGUACCUCACCUACCCAACCCCUCCUCCUGCUCAGCUACGAGCCUGACGCAAACAUCUGCCUGCCCUUCAGAGAACCUGAGACUCCGGUCAUCCCAUCCAGGUUUGAUGUCAUGGCAGACUACAAUUUCUCCAAGGUGAUAGUAGGUGUGGUCCACCAGUAUCUGAAGAUAGUACAGCUGCUCCACACACAUCGAGAGCUUCUCCUGCAGGGAUACCACAGCUACAUGAUGAGGUUGCGCAGGGAGUGUGGAGAAUCCAUCCACAGUAUCGACAAGAUCACCAUUAGGCUGCAGUCCUGCCUCAACAUUCAACACAGAAUUCAAACAAUUGACCAUCACUCUACGGAAAACCAAGGCUCGGAUGAUCAUAGUCAAAAACUGCAACUGGUCCACGAGCACCUGCCCAUUUACACUGCGAGCAUCCAAGAGUUCCAGAAUCGACUGGACCAGCUGCAGAUAGAACAGGCCAAGCUAGCAGAGACCCUGGCCAAUGACAAGAGCUGUAAGAAGAUGGAGAUGCUGGUGCAGAAGAUAACAGCAAUUCAUCAGCAUUAUCGCAAAGACAGAGUCACUGGCAAGUUGGCGUAUAAUGACGAACAAAUACACAAGUUUGAGAAAAUCCACCUGUCUUCCCACAUUAAGCGAGUGAAAUCUCUCCUGAGAGACGACUGUGUGCAGAGAUACAAAGAGCUUCUGGCCUCAAUAAGGACGUGGAGCAGUGUUCUACAGGAGAUGCAGACCCGACUGCACGACUUCAGUUCUUUCUCCACAGGCUUGCUGACGGAUCUGGAGAUGAGUGAGCAGCGUCAGAAUAAGGUUCUGGACAGAGUCCUUUUCAGCCUGCAGUCCAGGAGAGCAGAGCAGCAGCCUGGAUUCCCACCAAGGGAUCAGAUGGUCUCCAGGAUGCACCAUCUUAAGGAGGAAAUGGAGAUUCUGGUGAGAGAACUACAGUGUAACAACAACAUCAUACAGAGUUUGGGAGCAGUGAACCCAGCAGCAGCUCUGGAGCCGAGCUUGACCAGACCCUCUACCCUUUGACCAAAGUGCAACAUGUUUGCAUGUGAACUCACAAAUCUCUGACCAACACCUCAUUUUCACUGUUAAUCAUGAACAGUAAAGGACAAUGUACUGGAUCCUCAUUCAAUGACCACCUGGAGUUUGUGUUGUAUGAAGAGGAAGCAACUGAAGAUAAUCAAUAAGAGGGGAAUCUCAAUUUAAAGAUAAACGAUUAAGCAGUGCUUAGAAUAGAGGAAGAGGAAAUGUUACCGACCGGUGUGUGUGUGUGUGUGUGUGUGUGUGUGUGUGUGUGUGUGUGUGUGUGUGUGUGUGUGUGUGUGUGUGUGUGUGUGUGUGUGUGUGUGUGUGUGUGUGUGUGUGUGUGUGUGUGUGUGUGUGUGUGUGUGUGUGUGUGUGUUGCAUCUGAGUAAAGCAGUUCAAUACAAAUCCCAUUAAUUCCUUUUAGUACUAUUGAAUUUCUAAUAGGCUGCCACAGUAAUGGACUGUCAGAGAAAUAAAAAAAAAAGCCAAGUAAACUGCUUGAAUGUUUUUCAAAAGCUGUCUCUUUUUCUCUCCCCCAGAAGAAGCACGGUGGAGAACCUUUAACAAAAAAUGUAACCAGACUGACGCGUGUGUGUGUGUGUGUGUGUGUGUGUGUGUGUGUGUGUGUGUGUGUGUGUGUGUGUGUGUGUGUGUGUGUGUGUGUGUGUGUGUGUGUGUGUGUGUGUGUGUGUGUGUGUGUGUGUGUGUGUGUGUGUGUGUGUGUGUGUGUGUGUGUGUGUGUGUGUCAAAGGAAGGGCUGGAGUCGUCUGGUGUUUCUCUCUUGAUGAUUGAUCAGUGCAUGUGACUUUGUGUCUAGAUCUUCUUCAAUCAUUGUGAGUUCAAUGAAUGAGCAACUAUUGAUCACAUCAGUGAUUGUGAGCAGAGUAGUAGUCUCUAGAUCUGAUGUAACAUUCGUCUCUGUUCCUGUUCAAAGAUAAAUUCUCUCUCUCUUUUAUUACCGGGUUUCAGUUUAAUAGAAAAUAAAUGAGAUCAGGGAAACUCA